AUGUUCACUCAGCUCAGUAUCGGUGGCAUGACCUGCAGUUCAUGUACAUCAGCAAUCACUUUUGCUCUCACAGCACUUCCCGGAGUUAGCGGGGUCGACGUUUCCCUCAUCAGCCACUCCGCGGGGGUGACUCACGACGCUUCUGUCACUUCUGCGGCAAAGCUCGCUGAUGAAGUAGAAGAAAUCGGGUUCGAGAGCCAGGUGGUGAGCUCUAAACCUGUCAAGAAAGCGGAAGAGCCGAAGAGGAUCAAGAGCUACUUUGCGGUGGGAGGGAUGACGUGCAGCUCUCCAGACCUGUUCACCUUAUCGUACCUCCCCUCAUCUGCCCUCUCGAUCCGCACCAUCCUCUCUUCCCUCCCCCCCGGCCUCUCAGGCACGCUCUAUCGCCCUCCCACACUAUCCGAGCUGGCCCGCGUAUCUCAACUCAAGGAGCUAAACCACCGUCUCCUCGCUUUCUCGCUCUCGUUCCUCUUCGCCCUACCUACAUUCGUAAUCGGCAUCGUGGGCAUGCUUCUCCUCUCAUCUACCAAUCCACUCAAUAAAUGGUGCAUGUCUUCGGCGUGGGGUGGCGCUACGAUCGGCACGCUGUUUCUCUUCGCCCUUGCCACGCCGGUGUAUUUCGUCCUGGCAGCACGGACGUUCCACUACCACGCAUAUACCGCCCUCCGCACUGCGGUCCGUCGUCGGCCAUUCCGCCUCUCCCACCUGAUAAGUUUCGGCAACAUGGACACACUCGUUUCCCUCUCUAUAACAGUUGCAUACUGGAGCAGCCUGGGAAUGAUGGCGAGGGACACUUCCCUUGGAAAGGGGAACGGAACGGGCGCAACAUACUUCGAUAGCGUUGUCUUUCUCGUGUUCUUCAUCCUCGUGGGUCGCUGUUUGGAGGCGAGAGCGAGGGUGAUGACGGGAGACGCUAUCGCACUUCUUGGGACGCUGCGACCAGAGACAGCCACCUUACUUUAUUCCGAUGCGGUGGCCAGCGACAUGAGCGAAGACCAGCCCGCUUUUCGCACUCGAUCGAUCCCUGUAUCCCAUCUGGAGAUCGGCGAUCGUAUCCUCCUGCGACCAGGCUCACUUCCUCCCGCCGACGGCAUCCUCCUUUCCAGAUCAACUACAUUUGACGAGUCCUCCCUGACUGGGGAAUCGGUGCCCGUUCCCAAGCUUGUUGGAGACGAGAUCUGGACGGGGACGACGAACCUCUCCUCUGCUUGUGUGGUUGAAGUGACCGCCCUUGGGGAGGAGACAAUGCUCGAGCGGAUUGUACGUGCUGUUGGAGAUGCACAGGGGCGUAAGGCUCCCGUGGAGCUCCUGGCGGACAGGAUCACUGCUGUAUUUGUUCCACUCAUCAUCUGGCUCUCUCUCGCAGUGCUCGUCAUCUGGCUUGCGUGCGCAUUGACGAACGCUGUCCCGGGAUCUUACCUUUCCGCCUCCGACCUUGGGGGUUCGAUGGGAGCGAAUGUGGAUACCAAAGCCAAUCGAGUGUUCUUCAGCUUCGAAUUCAUGAUUGCUGUGCUGGUUGUCGCCUGUCCAUGUGGGAUUGGGCUUGCCGCCCCGACUGCGCAAGCUGUGGGUGCUGGUCUGGCGGCUAAGAUGGGCGUCUUAGCUCAGGGUGGGGGGGAAGCGUUCCAGCUUGCCACUCAGGUGGAUACUGUCGUCUUUGACAAGACCGGCACUAUCACUGUCGGCGAGACCAAAGUAGAAGACGCGCUUUUCUUGGAUGGAGAAGAGAAAGGUUGGGUGCGCGAGUCGGUUCGAGUGAUCGAAGAAGGAUCGAGCCAUCCGCUCGGUGCUGCGCUUCGGACAUUUUGUGCGUCCGGUGAGGCAGGAGUGGAGCUUCUCCGAUCCGAGGAAGUUGCGGGUCGUGGCGCCAAGGGGACUGUCAACGUCCGUGGCAACCAGUAUGAGGUUAUCAUCGGCAACGAGGCGUUCAUGCUCGAGAGCGGAACAAACUGGCCCGAAGGCACUGACAUGCGAACAGAGAUCCAGCAAUGGAAGGCCGAGGGCAAGUCGGUUGUCCUUGUUGCUACCCGCGGGAUACCCAACGGAGAUUCGACCAAAGCGUUCACCAUGGCCGCGGUGUUCUCUAUCUCCGAUUCUCCUCGACCAGAUUCAGCAGACGCGAUCGCGACGCUCCGGAAGCUUGGCAAAGACGUCUGGAUGCUCAGCGGCGACAACGAGAUCACAGCCAAGGCAGUCGCGGACCGCGUGGGCAUUGACGAGGAUCAUGUUAUCGCGGGGGUUCUCCCGCAGGAAAAGGCUGAUCAUAUCCGUCGGUUCCAAGCAGGGGGACAGAGAGGAAGGCGUGCCGCCGGCUGGACAACCGCGGUUCUCCACAGGCUGGGCAUCAGCAGCCACCAGAAGCGCGGCGACAAGGCCAUCGUCCUGUUCUGUGGCGACGGGCUGAACGACUCCGCCGCUAUCACGGCCGCAGAUGUCGGUGUCGCACUGGGGCACGGUUCGCAGAUCACCGUCGCUGCUGCAGACUUCAUCAUAUUAUCUUCGUCGCUCUCCACGCUACCCUCGCUGCUGCAUCUGGCGACCCGCGUCUACCGCCGGCAGAAGCAAAACUUUGGCUGGGCGCUAAUCUACAACUGUGCGGCUCUCCCUCUUGCUGCUGGUGUGUUCUAUCCUGCCGGACACACAAGGCUGCCUCCUGUUUGGUCGGCGCUCGCCAUGGCGCUCAGUAGCGUCUCUGUCGUGCUUAGUAGUUUGGCGCUCCGUUGGGGAAUAUAA